AUGCCUCAUUCAGCUGCCUAUGUAUUUCGAGUCACACAAAAUCAGACUGCUGGGGUGACCUUCAUCCUCCUGGGCUUCUCAGAAUAUCCGGACCUCCAGGUGCCACUCUUCCUGGUUUUCCUCACCAUCUACACUGUCAGCGUGCUGGGCAACCUGGGCAUGAUCGCCAUCAUCAAGCUCAGUCCCAAGCUCCACACUCCCAUGUACUUCUUCCUCAGUCACUUGUCCUUUGUGGAAUUCUGUUACUCUUCUGUCGUCACUCCCAAGCUCCUGGAGACCCUACUUGUGGAGGACAGAAGCAUCUCCUUCGCAGCCUGUGUCAGUCAAUUCUUCUUUGCAUGUAUCUGUGUGGUAACAGAAACCUUCAUGUUGGCAGCCAUGGCCUAUGACCGAUUUGUGGCCGUUUGUAACCCUCUACUCUACACAGUGGCCAUGUCCCCAAAGCUGUGUGCUUUGUUGGUGGCUGCAUCCUACUUUUGGGGUAUCACUUGUUCUUCUGUGUUCAUAUACUUUUUGUUAACUUUGAAUUUCUGUGGGACAAAGGUCAUAAACAACUUUGUGUGUGAACAUUCUGCCAUUGUUGCUGUAGCCUGCUCUGACCCUUAUGUAAGUCAGUUGUCUAUUGUGAUCUUUGCCAUAUUCGAUGAAGUAAGCAGCCUGGGGAUUGUUGUCACUUCCUAUGUUUUCAUCUUUGUCACUGUCAUGAGAAUGCCUUCCACUGCGGGGAGAUACAAAGCCUUCUCAACCUGUGCUUCCCACCUCACUGCCAUUGCUAUUUUCCAUGGCCCCAUCCUUUUUCUCUACUGUGUUCCUACCACCAAAAGUUCUUGGCUACUGGUGAAGAUUGCCUCUAUCUUUUACACCGUGGUCAUCCCCAUGCUUAAUCCACUGAUUUACAGUCUUAGGAACAAAGAUGUGAAGCAGGCAGCCAGGAGGCUAAUCAACUCCCAACUAUUAUGCCAUAAAUGUUAA